CUGUUUGUUUUGAUUGACUUAAUGUGGAUGUUGGUGAUUUGUAAGAAAAUGAGUUAAAAAGUUAAAUGAAUAACUUAAAACUAUGUAUCAAACACCCAAACGGAAUAAAUUGGGAUCCAAGGAUGAUAGUGGUAUAAAAUUGACACCAGACAAUCGUGUACUUAAAUCACAAUCAUCGAAUUCAGCAGACAAAGGAAGUACUUCUGGAGAAUCAAGACGAGGAAGACCCAACGCUGAUUUAUUAAGUACUCUCAUUUUAGAGGGCUCUACGUCUCCAAGUUCUAUUAAGUGUAAAUACUGUGGAAGAGUUUUUCCUAGAGAAAAGUCGCUACAGGCCCAUUUAAGAACUCAUACAGGUGAAAAACCAUAUAUAUGUGAUUAUCCCCGAUGUACCCGUAAAUUUGCACAGUCUGGUCAACUUAAAACCCACCAAAGGUUGCAUACAGGGGAAAAACCUUUUGUUUGUGCAGCCCCAAACUGUACUAGGAGUUUCACACAUGCCAAUCGACAUUGCCCAGAUCAUCCUGAAUAUACUCUUAAGAGAUUUAAUGCCAAACAUGAACCUAACCUGAAUAAGAAGUAUGAUGAUGCUCAUAACGCCGAAGUCAAGGAAUGGCUUAACAAUUGGGACAGAAGAAAUAAAUCGUCCAGUUCCAAUGAGAAUUUAGAUACAACUCCAAAAAAAUCCAUAUUCAAAUUAAACGACUCAGUCUACAGUAGCGCAAGUUCAUCUUAUUUCUCACAUUGCUCAAAAUCCAGUCUAUUAGAUGAUAUAGAAAACUCACCAAAGUCUGACCUCGAAUAUGACAUAUCAAAUUUUAACUCUAGUAAUUCAGAUUUCGACAUGCAGGAGGCAUCACCUAAAAGUACUCCUUCAGAAUUACCAAAAAAACGAUGGUUAAGGGAAGCAGUUCAAAAUCAAACUCGCUGGGAAUCUACCAAUGAUUUAGCUUCACCUAUAAAUUGGGGAGAUGAACCUUGCACAGAAACUGAAAAGAAAGAGCAAUGUGAAAAACAGAAUCGUCCUUCUGUCCUUGUAUGUGUCCAAGGUGGAAAAAGUAAGGAGAUUUCAAGUGAAGAAAUUCAAGGAGCAAUGGCCCUAGUAGAGCUAAAGAACAGCAUUAAUUAUAGGGUUUAAUAUAAAAUAUUUUUUCAGGCUAAAGUGAUAUUUAACGAGAUAUAUUAUAGGUUACUUUCAGGGUGACAUGUCUUUAAAAAACUACCAUUUUAAUUUUUGCAUGCAUUUGUUUAGAGAAAAUUUUAUUGUUUAAAAUUAUUUGCCUAAACAAUCUCACUGUGAUUUGUAGUAAAAAUAAACAAACAAAAGUGAAACAUUCAUUCCUCAGUGUAAAUACCGAUUUAACUAUACAAUGACACGCCAAAAAUAAAACUAUAUACUUAUUUGAAUGAUUCCACGAAGUAAUAUUGUAGUACUUCACUAAUUUACUUAGGUUAGUUGAAAAAGUAUUUGCUUCGUUAAAUAAAGUUAGUUAGUUCCAUGGUAAAAUUGAAAACAAGAGAAGUACUUGUAAGACAAUCCUCAUACUGGCAGUAAGCCGAGGCGACCCGAGCGCCGAUCAUGUUCACUCCAAUUCUGACAAGACGCAAACUACACUAAAAUGACACUAGCAAUGCUGAAAUUACUGUGUACACUCUAUCUUAUUUUUUACGCGUUUUGACAGCCUCGCCUCUAGAUUGAACACUCCUAGCGCGAGGCAAAAGGACCUCAAUUGAUGAGUGAACUGUCGUACUUAGGUUAACUCGACGAGAAUCUACUGCGGCACUGAAACUUAUUGCUAACAAUGAUAUUUUUUUGAAGGCAUGUUUAUUUAUAAUUGUAUGAAAUCACUUAGUGAUGACUUGGACAUCUUUUUGCAAGUAUUAUUGAUAAUUAGCAUGAGACUAAUUUUAUAUAUUUAUACUCAUAACUUACUUUAUAUAUGGUUGAAGCUGCGGUUUUUAGUAAUAGUAAGAGUUUGCUCCAUUAAAAGUUUUGUUACGGUAUCGAUCUCAUACUUUCGAUUAAUAAUUUGAGAAGCUGAAGACUCAAAACAUAAAUAGUAAUUCGAUUUAAAUAUGAAUUACAACUAAAUUUCAGUAAAGUUAAAGCAAGAGAUAUUUAGAGAUUAGUUGAAAUUUAAUGAAUAAGCACUUCAUUGCUGACAUAUUAGUCUUUUCUGGAGCAUUAGCAAGCUGUACUAAAUAUACUAUGUACAAGUAAGAAACAACAUUAAAUUUGGGGUUUAUUAGGAGAGACAAGAAAUAUGAACUUUACUUGUCCAAGAAAAUCUCUGGUAAAAAAUAAUAUAUUGGUGGUGAAACCCAAGAGUAGUUAUAAUGCACUUGUAAACAACAUUUUUUUAAUGCAGACACAUUUAAUAUUGAAAUAAUGAUGUCUGUUACCAGCCUUUGAAUUUGAGGGAGUACUUGAAAUGAAAAAUAUAAACCAAUGUAUAUAUGAAAAUAUGAUAGAUUCAGUGUAAUCUGUUUGUUUAGAUAAUGGCAUUGAGACAUGAAAUCGGUACUUGUAACUAAAUUUUGUUGAACAGCUAUUUGCAUAAUUUGACAUCUGACAUAAAUUUUUUUAUAUAUAAAUUCUAGCGUUUUUCAGGAAAUAAUUUUAGUAACUGUAUUAAUAUAGCUAAAUUUCUUUUAAAAGUAAUGUCGUGUGUCACUAUUCAUGCUUGUCUAGUUGCCUCAAUUAUAAAAUGAUACAAUUUAAAUAAUACAUCUGUGUAUUCGAGGUAAAUUACUUACCAGUACAGCAAACAUCUUAGGUUAUUUUAAUUUGGCCCAUGUAUUAACUGCCUUUGUAGUAAUGCAUAUAUAUAUAUAUAUAUAUAUAUA